AUGGCCCCACACCUUAGAGCCCUCCCUGCACACAUGUGCCCCCCACACCUGCCCAGCCCCUCCUGUAACAUGUGCCAGCCACACCUGCCAGCCUUCCCUGCAACAUGUGCCAGCCACACCUACCACAGCCUCCGCACCAUGUGCCCCCCACACCUGCCAGCCCUCCUGCAACAUGUGCCAGCCACACCUGCCAGCCCUCCCAUAACAUGUGCCAGCCACACCUGCCAGCCCUCCUGCAACAUGCCGCCCACAUGCCAGCCCUCCUGUAACAUGUGUCAGCCAUACCUGCCAGCUCUUCCUGCAAUUUGUGCAGCCACACCUGCUAGCCCUCCCUGCACAUAG